AUGUCGGCUCCCGGGACCCUCAGCAAUUACUACGUGGACUCCUUCCUGGUGCCGGAGGGGGACGAGCUGGCGGCGCCCCGCUACGCCCCCGCCCCGCUGGGGCCGCCGCCGCGGCCGGCGGCGCUGGCCGAGCACCCCGAGCUGGCCCCCUGCAGCUUCCAGCCCAAGGCGCCCGUCUUCGGCCCCCCCUGGAGCCCCGCGCACCCCGCCGGCGCCAGCGGCGUCCCCGCCGUCUACCACCCCUACGCGCACCACCAGGCGCCCGUGGCACCGCCCGACGGCAGGUACAUGCGUUCGUGGCUUGAGCCUGUGCCGGGCUCCUUGUCUUUCCCCGGGUUACCUACCAGCAGGCAUUACGGCAUUAAACCUGAACCGCUGGCGGCCAGGAGGGCUGACUGUACCACGUUUGACACUCACACUUUGUCUCUCUCUGAUUAUGCUUGUGGUUCUCCUCCAGUUGAUAGGGAUAAGCAAAGCCACGAAGGCGCAUUCUCUGAAAGCAAUGGAGAAAGUGAGGCAAACGGAGAGAAACCGCAGAUCGAUCCAAAUAAUCCAGCUGCAAACUGGCUCCACGCAAGGUCCACCAGGAAAAAGCGAUGCCCUUACACCAAGCAUCAGACACUGGAACUGGAGAAGGAGUUUCUGUUCAAUAUGUAUCUCACUAGGGACCGUAGAUACGAGGUGGCCAGACUCCUCAAUUUAACAGAGAGACAAGUGAAAAUCUGGUUUCAGAACAGGAGGAUGAAAAUGAAGAAAAUCAACAAAGAUCGAGCGAAGGACGAGUGAUGGUGACACGUGGGUUAAAAUGAAAAUGCGUAAAGUAAAAGAAAAAAAAAAAAAAAGAAAAAAGUUAAAACAAACAAACAAAAAAAAUCAUCCCCUCGAGCCCUGCCAUGCAAUGCGUCUGGGUCCAGGCCUCAUUUUUCCCUUGGCAAAUUCUGAUUAUGAUUGUACAAUGAUAGUCACAGAGGCCAGACUGCCAGGAGAGGUACAGUAAGACUUUUAAUUUUCUAAUAGGAAAGAAAAAGGGGGCAUUAGCACGAAAAGGCUGUUUAACUGGCUUGUAUAAAUCUACCUGUUUCUUCACUUAUGGAAAAAAAAAAGAAAAAACUACCUUUUCAUAAUGCACAACUAUUUACGGACUGUAUAGUUUAGUCUACGUAGUUAAUUUUAUUCGCUUUUUGCGUGGCAGAGAGAUCUCUGCUCUAAUACUUGAACACUGUGUUUUAUUGUGGUAAUUAUGUUUGUGACUCAAUUUAUGUGCUUGGGUGCUGUACCGGAUGUAAUGGUGUAAGCUAGAAUUCAAUUUGAACUCAGGUUGUUUAUUAUAAAAAUUGCAUAGAGUAUAGCUCUGUAGUGUAUUAAGUCUUUUCUGUAUAAUUAGACAGUUAACCUUUGAUUGUAAAAUAUAUAUAUUAUAUAUAUCCCAAUGCAAGAAGAAAAAAAGAAAAAAAAAAGGUAGAAAAAACCGUUCGUUCUGGAUGUCUAGGAAUUACGGUUCUCAAAAUAUGAAGCAAGUCAUUAUAGUAUGCACAGUUGAUACAUAUAUAGUACUGUCGUCGUCGGUUGUAUAUAUAAUCUAUAUAUUAAAAAAAAGUAAAUAAACAGACUAGCUUAAAUAUUGUUUUUGCACCAGUGAGCAGUUAGCAGAUUUCGGAGCUAUACGUAUAUGUGAAAAAGGUAACUACCUAUGGUUUAUGUUUGAAUUUUAAUCGAAUGAUUUGAUGGUUAUUGUAAUGAAGGUUAAUUUUAUUGAUAAUAAAUUAUACAUUAUAAAAACCUACAUUUGGUUAUUGUAAAUUUGUAUCGAUUUAAAAAAAA